ACAUCCUCGCAAGAAUUAUGUGGUGUAAAUCUUUCUGAAGCAAGUUAAAGGCUGUGGAUUGUGAUUGAUUGAGCUUAGAUGAGGAGUGGCAUGCCCUGGGUUUUACAGUGCUGUGGAUGGUCAUCUUCUCUGAAGUUUGGUAGUCGGCCAAUUAUCGGAUCAUAAAGAUAUAGAGUCAAGAAGGCCUGAGUUUGAUCAACUGUUGGCUAUUAGUCUUAGUGGUCUGGGUCCAUAAUCGAUACUGAAAUUUUGCUGAUUAGUGUUAUUUCUGCACCAUGAAUAGUAUGCAGAGUAUAGAAUCUCUGGCUGCUGGGGAUGCUCAGCAUAAACUUUUUCGAACCCUUGGACCAACACUCGUGAUUUCGAUGGCAUAUAUUGACCUUGGAAAGUGGUUGGUAGCAGUGGAUGCUGGAUCUCGGUUCGGCUAUGAUCUUGUGCUACUGGUGCUGCUCUUCAAUUUCUCAGCCAUUUUGUGUCAAUAUCUGUCAACUCGUAUCGGCAUGGUCACUGGGAAGAACCUUGCCAAGAUCUGCUGCCAGGAAUACAGUCAGGUGAUAUGUGUUGUUCUCGGCCUUCAGGCAUGGCUAUCCUUGUUGACCUCUGAAUUGACAAUGAUUGCAGGCAUGGCAGUGGGGUUCAACAUUGUGUUUGAACACGACGAUCUUAUCACAGCCAUAUGUUUUGCAAGUGUUGUAGUUGGUCUACUACCAUACACGCUCUCUCGUUUGGAUAAGAAGGUGGCUGGGAUAUUUAAUGCCUGCAUAGCUGGAUUUACACUUCUUUGUUUUGUGCUUGGUUUAUUAAUCAGUCACCCCCAUACCCCAGUCAAUAUGAAUGUGAUGUUCCCCAAGUUGAGUGGUGAAAGCGCUUACUCAUUGAUGGCUCUUCUUGGCACAAAUAUAAUAGUACACAACUUUUAUACUCAUUCAGCAUUUGUUCAGGUUCAGAGAAGAUCUUCAGUCCAUACCCUUGGUUCCCUGUUUCACGACCACCUUUUCUCUAUAUUAUUUAUAUUUACUGGGAUUUUCCUUGUGAAUUAUAUUCUCCUGAGCUCAGCAGCAGAUGAAUCCAGUGACACAUUGGUCAUGAACUUUCAAGAUGCUAUGGAGCAAAUGCACCAGAUAUUCACAAAUCCUGCAGCACCAAUUGUGCUAUUAGUGAUCCUUCUCUUUUCAAGCCAUAUCAUCUCAUUGACAUGCAUUGUUAGUGGUGAUGUAAUUUCAGAGAACUUCUUUGGUGUUAAACUGCCUCUUUCGGCACAUCAUCUGCUACAUAAGGGUUUGGCCAUGAUUCUUACUAUCUACUGUGCGAAGGUUGCUGGUUCUGAAGGGAUAUAUCAGUUGCUUAUUAUGUGCCCAGUUAUCCAGGCUAUGCUUCUUCCUUCAUCGAUUAUACCCAUUUUACGUGUUUCUUCGUCAAGAUUAUUGAUGGGAAGAUACAGGAUAGCUUUAUGUGUUGAAAUUUUUGCCUUCCUUGCAUUCCUUCUUGCGGUGUUCACAAAUAUAAUUUUCACAGCAGAGAUUCUGUUUGGUGAUAGCACUUGGACAAACAACCUGAAAGGAGAUACUGGAAGCCCUGCCAUACUUCCAUAUUCUGUUAUAGUCCUAGCUUCAUGUGCCUCAAUUGGAUUUACACUGUUACUUGCUGUUACUCCACUAAAAUCAGCAAGUAAUGAAGCUCAGACUCAUUUGUCGUCCGUGCACUCACAAAGAGAAACAUUGGGCACUACUCAUAGAGAAGCAACUUGUCUUGAAAAAAAUGAGGAUGAAGAAUUUGAAAGCUGUUCUGUUGGAGCUUUUCUUAUGGGUUCAUCGGAAGGUCAUACGGAAUCAGUUCAUGAACACACAUGAAGAAAUUAAGAGGUCUUCUGUUGGUGCUGUUCUGAGGGAUUCAUUGGAGGUUCCUCAGAAACUAGCUUUUGACUGUGGAUACAUUGGUUAAUCCUGAAGCUGAAUCAUCACCACCUAUAACCAAUGUGGUGCCAAAAUCAGUUGGUGUUGAGUGGACGCAAGCAGUUCCAGAGAUCUGUACUAUCAUCGUAGUAGAACAUAGCGUUUCAGAAUGUUUCGAGAUGAAGCCCUCAAAUGAAAUGGUGGUUAAACAAGAAGGUGAAGACAACUCAGAUGAGGGUGACAUAGGUGGAAGAAUCUCUGAGACAAGCCCUUGACCAACUUGACAUUCAACUUGUUGAUGCCUUUCCGAUGGUGUGUCGGCCUUCUUUUUAGGCUUUGCCAAUUGCCUUCAUGGUUCUCAGUAUUUCAUGGUUUGGCCAGUGAUGCUAGUGGUGCUCUUAGAGAUGAUGGUGUCUUCUCAGUUAUUUUAUAGUUGUCAACUUUCUUGUUUGGAUCGAUCUGUGGUGGUUUCGCAAGAGGUGUUGGUGGUUGUAGUUAGUGGUGAUUUUUUAGUUACCAUCAGUUUUCAUAGUUGUGUGUUGGUUUUGUCAGCUGUAUGAGUUCUUUUUAGUUGGAGAUCAGGACAGUUUCGCUUUUGGAAUCGUGCAGUCGUUCAGUUUUUGGGGCCUUUUUUCCAAAAAUGGGCCAAUUCCUUUUCUUCUAACAAAUUUUGUAAAUUUUGCAGCAAUGAUCUUGCUGCCCUUUCAAAAAAAAUAUGUUAAGCAAAUGUUUACACAGAUGAGGAAAGUGAGAAGUCUGCUGGAGGAGAUACGCCUUUGACUUCUCAUGAUCCACCAUUUCUUGCAUGUAGCAUGGAUAAGAAAAGUGGUCAUAGUAAUGCCAGUGGUAGCCUUUCUAAAGAGUAUUGAAACCUUGGUUAUAUUUGUUAGUAUCAGCUCUUAGAGGAGCUGUUCUGCUUUGGAUUGUGUAACCGGAUUUCGGUUUGGCCUAAGUGUUGUUCCUGUAC